UACUUAGGCCCCAAACAACUGUGGCUAUUUCGCAAUUAAUGAGAUGUUUUAUCGUCAGUAAGAGUGAUGUUCAGGUCUUUUCCUGUCUGAUUCAAAUCCUCCUGUCUGGUUCUCUUUGUUUAUAAUUUUCUUCUUCUUUUUUUAAUUAUUGCUUGAAUUUCUUGUUGUUCUUGGGUUGGUUCUUCAAUGGAGGUGUCCCAAAAAAUCAAUGGGAAAAAGAGGUUGCCUUCAAUUCCGUCAAAUUAUGUUACUCUCCUUCAACUACAAGAACGAUGGAUCAAAGAGAAAGAAGGAAAGCAGAAGGGAAAGGAAGAGAAACAAGAGACUCAGCAGCAACACGAGGAAAAGGAAACAAAUUUUGAAGAGCGAGUGAAUGACGAGGUUUCUGGAAGAGAGAGCCGUAAGAAUAGGCAGAUUCCUCGAUUUGAUCGGGGUAACGGGAAGCAUGUAGCGGAAGGGAAGCCCAGGGAUGAGAAAACCGCCGCGGCCAAAGAUUUCGACAAUGAGAAUGAAGGCAAGGAAUUGAAGAAAAGGUGGAAAUCGAAGAACAAGAAAAGGAACGAGAUGAAGGAAAAAGCUAGGGCAGCUAACGAGGGGGAGGAACUGACGGGAGGUACUAGUAAGGCGCCGCUACCUACUGGUGUGGAGCAUAGUAAAGGGGAGGAGAAGCUGAUCGGAGAUGAACUCCAGGCUCCGGAGCUGACGAGUGUUGAGGAAGAGAAUAUUGAGGCGAGAAGUGAGUUAGGACUGAGUUCCAUUCCAAGAACCCAUGACCGUACGGAGGAGAUUGGACGGAAAUUUCAAGCAAUGUCGAUGAACGGUGAGAUCAGAAGAGGGGAUCAUCGUAGAUAUGGUGGGCAAAAUGUUCAUCUCAACUAUCGUGGUGGCAAGUCGGAGCGGAAUAGGAGAUAUAAUGGCGUAAAGUUUGAUAGGCGUGGAGAAGGGAAUCAGAGGAAUGAAGGGAUGGCUUGGGUCAGGAAAGGGGAAGUUAAAGAUCAAAAUGUCAGUGCAAUUCAAAGCUCGGGUUGCUCUUCUAAGGAUUGACAUUGAUGGGAGUUUUAAUUUGGUAAUUACUGAUGCAAACUUAUUGUAUUUUCAUUUCUGAUGAAUGCAAGGUUCUUCCAUGCACUAGCUAUCUUUUUCAUGAUGAAACUGUGAAAUUGUAGUAUAUUUUGCUCGGCAUUUUGGUUAGUGGAAGCAUUGCCAUUAAGUUCAUACUUUUGAAGUAGAUGAUUCAGAAACAAUGUAUUAUGAAUGGAUUUAGCGAAAGAUUGUAUGAACUAUGCAAUGUUUUGGUAAUGUAUGGGAUUUUAAUCUAGUAAUUACUGAGGAAAA